AAUAUUUCGGAAUAAUUGCUAAAAAGAGUUGUGAAAAAUGUAACUGACAAAAAUUCUGUUCUAUUGAAAAUUAAUAAUUUUCAAGAUAAAAAUUACACUAAUUUUUUGAAAUGUAAAAUAAUUGGCACUAUUGAUAGAGUCAUGUGGAUGUGUUGGCAGGUGGCGUAAUUGGGACUUGCAUCAGUUUUAUUUUUUUUAUUUACUGAAGAUGCUCAACGUUGAUUUGAGAUCAAAGAAGUCUGAAAAUUGUGAAGUUAUUUUCUAAUUUACAUACACCGGGAAAUUUUUUUAAUUUUUCAAAUUUGCCUUUCUAUCGAAUCAUCUUGUCACAACGAACCUCUUUUGCCGAAUCACUUGUUGAUAGAAUUAAAAAAUUGCAAUAUUUUUAGAUGCAGUAUGACAACGAAUAUGGAAAAAUCUAAGGAUCCUAGGAAUGCUACGCAGUCCAUACAAUUACCAAAAUUAUCACAAGAAUUUAUUAACUGGUACAACGAUCCAUUGAGAGUAAUUCAUUUCGAAGCCUCACAAAGCAUCGGAUCUGGUUUAGAAUCAGAUGUCGAGGAUAAUGUGAGUGAUACCGGGGCGACGAAUGAAGUACAUAAGAUUGAAAAAUACGAUUCCACCAUAGAUGACAAUUUACCACCUACAGUUACAUUGCUCACUACGCCAGAAGGUGGAAAAUUAUAUUUAAUCGGAACUGCACAUUUUAGUGUAGAAAGCCAAAAUGAUGUUUCUAAGAUAAUUCGGGCAGUACAGCCAAGUAUAGUAAUGAUUGAACUAUGUAAGCAUAGAAUACACGCCCUCCAUUUAGAUGAAGAAGCUCUGCUUAAGCAGUCUGAGAAUAUUGGCAUCGAAGACAUUCGUGCUGCGAUAAAAAAACAUGGAGUCACCAGUGGACUGAUGUUCAUAGUUCUCUUAAGCAUGUCACGUCAUGUUACAAAAGAACUGGGAAUGGCUCCCGGAAGUGAAUUUCGCACAGCUUUCGUCGAGGCAGCGAAAAUUCCAAACUGCAUUGUUCAUUUGGGAGAUCGGCCCUUCAAUAUAACAAUGCAAAGGGCCUUCCGGUCCCUGUCCCUUUGGCAGAAACUUAAAUGCGCAUGGAAAUUAUUGAGUUCGAGGGAACCUAUUACCAAAGAGGAUGUGGAAAAGUGUAAAAAUCGCGAGACGCUGGAUGCAGUUAUCGAGGAACUAAGUGCGGAAUUUCCUCCCUUGGCGGAAGUUAUGGUUAAAGAACGCGAUCUCUUUUUAACUUAUUCCCUGCAGUUGGCUUGCCAACCUCGAAUGACGCAUGAAGGUGUUAUUGUUCCAACACGAGCUGUUGGGGUCGUUGGCAUAGGACACAUGCCAGGCAUCAUCAAGAAUUGGGGAAAAGUUCACGCGAGUGAAAUUCUACCCAUUAUGAAAGUGCCACCACGAGCGUUAUCCAGCAAAAUAAUUGGAUUCACCAUAAAAGCCUCGUUGAUAGGUGCAGUGUUAUACGUGGGUUAUAGGACCAUUCCAUUACCAUCAACUGAAACUAUAGAAUCCUUAAAGUCAUCGGUCAAGGGACUUGUGAAGCGUCUCGGGACCUGCUUCAGCUCUUCCGUUGACCUGCAGUCACGAUGAGCAUGGCUGUGAAGAAUUCUACGGAUGAAUACCACCAUCUCACAUCGGAUGUUAUGUAUACAGAAU